GGUGUUCAAUAUGGCUGGGCCUGGCCGCGGCUAUCACCAGCACGGGGGGGGAGGCCAGUGUGUCCCGGGGGGCUGACGGAGGGCUGUGGCCAGGCUGGGGCGUCUUCAGGGAGGGUAUUGUAAGGCUGCCCCCGCCACUAACUCGCAGGCUUGUGGUGUACAUUGGAGCUAUGCCUUCAGAUGUACUUUGUGAAGGUUUCUUUGUGUGGAAACUACUCUCAUGAAGGAUGCCUGGUGGGGACGUGCACAAGACCUUCAAGAUAUUCUGCGGCAACUUGGCCGGGGCUGCCACAAGGGAUGACCUCUAUUACCUCUUCUCACGCUAUGGGCCGGUUAAAGAGGCCGUUGUCAUGAUGGGGAAAUUUUAUGGAUUUGUGCACAUGGCCUAUGAAGAGGAUGGCUGGAAGGCAAUAUGUGAAUUGCGUGGGUACAAUCUACAUGGCAAGGCCAUGGCGGUUGAGGCUUCAAUCAGUUCGAAAAAAGCAACGCCUUUGUUUAAGCAAAGUAUCAUAGGGAAAGGAAUCAAUACACUAGAUGAUAUAACUAAUGACUACAGUACGACCAAACCUAAGCCAAAUGAAGGGAGAGAGCGACGUCCUCCCCCAGAAUCCUUCGUUACCACUUAUAAGCAAGGUGGAGAACCUUCCACUAGACCUGCCAACACCCAACCUCCACCUAACUACUACUAUCAUCCUGCAUUUUCAACAUCAGUGAGCACCAGCCAGCCUUCUGCCAUGGUCCACACUCCGCCCCCCAUGGCUCGCACCUCGCCCAGGCCUGACUUAGCUCCCAUGAAAGCAAUGGAUGGCCUCCAGGAAAGGGAGUCUCCCAUGUUGAAAAUGCAGGUGGUUGAUGCUAAUUCAAAUCCAAUACCUGACCACACUCCAGAGCGGCAAGAGGGCAUUCAAGCAUGCUGCAGCUUAUGUGGUUCAAUAUUUGAUGAGUGGCAGCACAAGCCUAAAGUGCUGGGCUGUGGCCAUACUUUUUGUUACAACUGCUUAAUAUGUGUAGCUCAGGAAGCUGAAGUGAAGUGCCCAUCUGGAUGCCCCUACACAACAGCCCUCACAGAGGCUGGCAUAUCUGGGUUAAUGACAAAUUAUAGCGUGCCAUUCAAGCUAAUUGUAAACACCAGUGUCUCGCCGUCCAUGUCUGGAAUGUCUUCAGGCUUUGUACUGCAGAAUGGUGCACAAAGGCCAAGCGCUAGUCAAGCCCCAAUGGUGUGCUGCAACUGUCCAAAGAUUCCUGCUACCGAAUCCUGCAGCACUAGUGGCCAUCAACUUAUACCAGAAGAUCAAGCCCGAGAUAUUUUUCGUAGAAACCUCCAGACGUCCCUCGAAGUGACGCUGAAAAAGCUACGACAAACAAUGACGUUAAGGGCCACCAUGAAGGAGCGACUUGAACGCACCGUCCUGAGCGUAGAAAAAUUUCUGGAAGAAUUAAGGCGAAAGGUUGAAGGGGAGCAGCUGGAAGAAGCAGUCUUGCAGGAGCACCUAGCAGAUCUCACCAUGGCAAGUGAGGCUCUGGCUGAGGGAUCCUCCAUUGCUCAGUUGGUAGACUCUUUUAAUCAGGUUCAAAAUUACAUAACUAUAAUAAGUUCACAGUUCAAUCAAUGCGCUGCAAUAACAGCUAUCAACAAUGCAACAGAAGCUAUCGUUGUCAAGUUGAAACAAUCUGCACUGGAAUCGGAGUUAUCUUCCAUAGGUUUUAGCAAUGAAGAGGCUUUUUCCAUGAAUUCAUCUCUUGAGCAACAUGCUUUAUUUGGUAACAAUGCCAAUGUCCUUCUCUUGUAUAUGCUAUCAGACUUACUGUCCACUAGAAUGCUGCAGUUGAAAGGUGUGAGUCCGCUUAGUCCCAAUCAGCAACCACCUCUCUCAGCACCAAGUCCACUACAUUCACACAUGGCCCCUACGCAUAUUUCAACUAAUGCUGUUAGUGAUAGCAUUGGGAACAGUCUAGGUCUUCCUUCACCUAAUAUGAGUGAUAUGAAAGGUCAUGAAGUUGAGAAAAUGAAUGAGCUCAAAGGUCAAGAUAUGAGUAACAUAAAUGAACAUAUUUUGCAAAUGACAGAGGCAAUAGAAACUGGAUCUCUUUUGGGUAGAAAUGAUGGCAUGGGGGCAAUGUCUGCAGGAGCAAAUGUUGCUGGACCAAACUCUGUUCAGUCAGCAGCACUGUCUUUAGGAUUGUCCAACCUUUCCCUUAUUGCUGCUGAGGCAUCAGAAAAUGGAAAAGAAGAUCUAGACAACCUUGGAGACAGAAGAGAGCCCAUUCCUGUGUCGUAUCUUGAUGCUGCAAAAAAGCCAGCAAAGCCAUCCCAGAGCCCUCCUGAUGGUCUCCCUAAAAUGCACCUAGAGAAACUUUGCCCAAAUUCCCUAAGGCCGACCAAAUUUCCACAUUGUUGGAUGGAGCUCACGUUUGAUGGAGAACCGGUUGGUCGCAUAAUUUUUGAGCUGCGUCCUGAUAAGGCUCCCAAAAUGUGUGAGAAUUUCAUUGCAUUAUGCACAGGUCGGAGUGGUUAUGGCUAUAAGGGCACACAUUUCUUUAAGAGUGGAGAAGGCUUCCUUGCUGGAGGGGACGUCGAAAAUGAUGACGGAACUGGAGGAUAUUCAGCAUUUGAAAAACGCACCUUUGAAGCCGACCUCUGCCCUCUGAAGGAUGAGGUUGGCAUGGUUAGAUUUAAAGGUAUAGGCACUAGUGAUAAAGGAAGGGGAAUGGUUGGAUCGCAGUUCAUGAUAUGGUGUGGUGACAGAGAUUUUAAGAAGUUUUCCUAUAGCCUUGUAUUUGGAAAGGUUGUCGAUGGUUUGGAUGUGGCCAGGAAGGCAGCAGCAGUCAAUGUUCAUAGGGUGUCCGUCGAGGUAGAGAAGUGUGGCGCAAUUUAACUUCAGUUUUACCUUAUAUAUAUACAUAUAAUUAUGUAAUCAUACUAGUAUGUCAAGUAAUUUUAUAAUUGCAUUUUGAUUGUUACUUGGAAAGGCAAGACUUAUGUGUAUCCUGAUCGCAGCAUUUACGUUUCCUCUAGAAGUGCCUUAUAGCGUGCCUUUUUUUUCCGUCUGAUGGUGUUACAGAUUUCCAUUAUAUUUAUUUUUUAUUUAUAUAUAUUUUUUUAUUUUAUAAGCUUGAUAACUAUUUUCAUAAAUCUGGAGAAACCUUAAUUUGCUUUAGCCUAUGCAGGCAACAUUGACAGGACCAUGUACGUAUUAGUUUGUAAGAUUGCAAACAGAAUGUUUAAGGAAUUUUUAAAAUAUAUAUUUUAAAUGUCUUACAUCCACUAGGAGAGCUACACUUAUUUAAGCUAAUUUGUCCUUAUCAGUUAUUGGAAAUUCAGUAAACCCUUGUCUUACCAAUGAGAGUUGCAUUAUCAGGCAAUUCAAAAGAGAGUUAUAAUGUUUCACAGUCUUAACAUUUAUUUGGAAGUGUUUUGCUUCACAAAGGAAAAAAAAAAACACACAAACCUUAACUUGAAAAUUUGAUAAUUAUGUUGCAGAGAAAAUAUUUUUGUAAUUGUCAAUCAUUGCAUUAUGAAUAUUGCCUUAAAUGUGAUAAACCUAUAAUUCCACUAAUUAUCAGUGAUAAUAAUCAUACUUUGGUUUGAAAACUAACGGUCAUAAUAUAUAUAUAUAUAUAUAUAUAUAUAUAUAUAUAUAUAUAUAUAUAUAUAUAUAUAUAUAUAUAUAUAUAUAUAUAUAUAUAUAUAUAUAUAUAUAUAUAUAUAUAUAUAUAUAUAUAUUCUUCUGACAUAAGUGUUGAUACUAUUUGACACAGAGGAUGUGCUCUUCACAGUGGGGUUUGCACAUCUGUAGCUUUGUGCAACACAAGCCUUAACCAAAUGUAUGUGUGGCAACUGGAAUCAGUUUUAAAGUAUUAUAGUAAGCUGUUCAGUACAUUAGUUUUCAUUCUUUUAUAUUAUAUCUGCAAUCAGUCAUGAAUUUUGUUACUCCCAUUAUUCUUAUUUUUUCUUCAUUGUUACAAUUAUCGUUAUUAUAAUUAUUAUUAUUGUUAAAGUCUGUAUUCUGUACUGGGGCUUCAUAGUGAUGCAGUAUUUUCUCUCCAAUCUUUUAAAGCAAGGGUUUACUAAAAUUGCACAAAGACUAUACUAAACAUUAUGCUGAUGAGUUAAACCUCCUAAGUAAUUCGUAUAAGUAUCCGUGGAUCAUUGAAUAAUUCCUAUAUUUGAUCAAGGAGAACAUUGCAGUCUAGAUUGCUAAGUUCAGGUGUAUGACUUUACAUGCCAUUCCCAUGUGUAAUUGUAUAGUAAGCAGAACUUGGCAUGCAUCUAUGUUAGUGAUACAGAAGUUGGAAUAAGAACACCAGCUUAAGCCACAGGACGACUGUCAUGAGAUGAAACUGUAUUCAUGAUAAAAUGUGGACUAACCUGUACUGAGCAAGAUAAAGUUAAGGAUUGCAUUGAAUAGGAAAAAUAUUUCUAAGUAAAUUUUUUCCAGUUUUUCAAUUGUACUAUAUUUAUGAUAAGCCUGACUUAAAUUCCAUGGUGACCUGUGUUCCGUUCAGGUUAUUAAGUUUGUAGGGAUGCAUCUUAUUGCUCUUGUGUGGCAUGGUUGUCAUUCUUACUUAGUCUUGUUUCAUAAAGUGGUAAUUAUUUGCUCAAUGCCUUCGUAAAUUUCUAGGUUUAUCUUUAUGUUUACCAAAGUAACAGUGUGUGGUAAAAUUUAUUUCAGCAAUAAGGGGCCAAUGUUUGAAUUAAGCAUGAGUAUUGCAGUAUUUAAGCCAAGAAAACCGUCAUGUGUGUGGAACUGGGGGCCAAUUUGAAUGAGUGGUUGCAGUGUUACAUAUCCUUGAGACUAUAAUAGUUAGCAGUGGACAGGUGAGUGAUCCCUCUCCAUUUCCUAUAGCAGGGACUUGUGGGAAGUAUUAUUUUCAUCAUAUUAUAAUUACAGUAUUCAAAAACCAAAAGGUAUUUAGUGUGCCCAGACUGAAUCGAAUUAUUUGAUCAAUUGCUGGUGUAUAGUUAUGAUAGUUUCUUAAUUACAGCACCUUUGAUACGACCAAAACAGCUUGUAUUUUUUUAUUAGGAUUGUAGCAGUGUGUGUGUGUGUGUGUGUGUGUGUGUGUGUAUGUGUGUGUGUCCGUAAAUAUAUAUAUAUAUAUAUAUAUAUAUAUAUAUAUAUAUAUAUAUAUAUAUAUAUAUAUAUAUAUAUAUAUAUAUAUAUAUAUAUAUAUAUAUAUAUAUAUAUAUAUAUAUAAGAUAAAAGUAACUAAUUGAACUUUUUUUUACAACAAUAAAUGCAGUGCAUCAAGCUCUCACUUAAUUCCCUUCAACUUAGUUAAUGUUACUUCAAAAUUGUAGCUUACAAGAAUGAGUCAGGCUCAUGCUGUCCUGUUGUAAACCAUUCAGUCAUCUAUAUUAUCGCUAAGAGAAACCAUUUCAUACAAAUGCAUGAUGGGGAGGAAAAUGUGCCUUGGCAAGGAAAACAGAGACGAUUAGUGUAAGAAAAUACUGAAGCCACAGAGAUUGCUUAUUGAAACAAACCAACAUAUUCAUGUUACACACUAUAGCUCCCUAGAUCCAGCACUGAGCAUGACACAACAUUGUCAUUGUCUCAAAUUAUUGAAAAAUAGUGAUUAAAGAAUCCCCCUGACUUGGGUAGUUAAGGCCAUAUAGCCAAUGCAAGGGUUACGGAGAUGCCUCCAUGAUUAAACUCACAGCCUCUCAGUUGCGAGCCAACAACUAUUCUCACUCUGCUACCCGGCCAGUUCUUCACCGAAUUACAGUAUUCAAAUGGA